GGGACGCGCCAAGCUCAACAGCCCGACGAAGCCAAGAUACACCGCCCGACCGCCGGACCGGACGCGAGCGGGGGUUGACGAACGCACGGCGGGAGGCACGGACCAAAAGCCACAGCGCCUCGCUCCCCGUCCAUAUCCAUCUAUCUAUCUCGUGCCGUCCACAUCCAAAAGCUAGCGUGCGGCGCCGACCGCGCGCGCGCGCAUAUAUACACGAACACGGCAGGCGAUGUGGUCGAUCGAGGCAGUGAUCGCCAGGCACGAAGCCGGUCUUGGCAUAACCGCAAGCGAGCGCGAGCGCGUCAUCAUGGAGGAGAGCACCGAGGCCGCGGCGACGGCGAGCGGCGUGGCGCCUGUAGCCGGAGGCGCGGAGGCCGCCCGGGCGGCGGGCGCGACGAUGAAGGUGGUGGUGGCGGUGGACGCGAGCGAGGAGAGCCUGCAGGCGCUGUCGUGGGCGCUCGACCACGUCGUCCGGCUCCACCCCGGCGCGUCCGUCGUCGUCGUCCACGCCCAGCACCGCGUCGACCACUUCGCCUACCCCGUCGCCGCCCACGCAGGCCUGGCCUACGCCCCGCCCACGGCGUUGGACUCCAUGAGGAGGGCGCAGGAGGAGAACUCCCGGAAGGCGGUGGCCCGCGCGCUGGACGUCUGCAGGCAGAAGCAGGCGAGCGCCACGGCGGCGGUGGUGGAGGGCGACCCCAAGGAGGCCAUCUGCCAGGCCGUGGAGGACAUGCGCGCCGACCUGCUCGUCCUCGGCAGCCGCGGCCUCGGCAUGGUCAAGAGGGCGUUGCUAGGCAGCGUGAGCGACUACCUCGCCCAUCACGCGUGUUGCCCCGUUCUCAUCGUCAAGCCACCCAACAAGGCGCACCACAAGUGAAGAAGCUCUACACAGGCUACGUUUUUGGCUCGUUUGUCAACUACUCCCUCCGUUCGGAAUUACUUGUCGCGGAAAUAGAUGUAUCUAAACGUAUUUUAGAUCUAGAUACAUCCAUUUUCGAGACAAGUAAUUCCGAACGGACGGAGUAGUACUAGUAGCACUGGCUUGUUAGCGACUUGUGCUUCCAAUAAAGAUGUAGCGAUGGAGCUCCCGUGUAUAGCCGUGUAGUAUGUUCGGUAGGCUCCAUCAUGUGUAUGUAGCAUGUUCAGAAGUUCAAUCUCAAUCGUGUAGUUGUCCCA